AUGAGACGUACAUUAGCAGGUCCACAAUCUUCAACCUCUGAAUAUAAGCCAAAGUUAGACCCAGGAAAGGCUGCUCCAUCUUCACCAUCAGUCACCUCUGAGGGUUACCGUCGUCCAGGAACAGCUGCUUCCGGUCCACAAUCUUCAACUUCCACUUAUACCGCCACUACCGAUAUCGGUAAGUCCGCCCCAUCCGGUUCAACCAACGACACUUUCCGUCGUGUUGGAAGUGCUUCAGGUCCACAAUCUUCAACCUCCACAUACACCCCAACCACCGAUAUCGGUAAGCAAGCUCCAUCCGGUGGUGGUAACGACAACUUCCGUCGUACUGGUGCCGCUUCUGGUCCACAAAGUAGCCAAGCUGAAUAUACCCCAACUACCGAUAUCGGUAAGCAAGCUCCAUCCGGUGGUGGUAACGACAACUUCCGUCGUACUGGUGCCGCCUCUGGACCACAAAGCAGUCACGCUGAAUACAACCCAACUCUUGACCCAGCCAACAAUCUCCCAGUUUCAGGUGGAGGUGGUAACGAUUACUUCAGUCACCACAACGACGAACAACAAUAA